AUGUGUAAAUAUGCACUGAUUAAUAAAUGUGAUAGGGGGGAAAAUUGUACGUUUGCCCAUGACAUAAAUGAAUUAAGAAUAAAACCUGACAUGCGAAAAACAAAAUUGUGUAAAAGCUACAUAUUAGGAAAAUGCACCGAUAGUAAUUGUAUAUAUGCCCAUUCUGUUAAUGAGCUGAGAGAAGUUGGUAAACCAGCGAUAUGUCAAUUGCACAGAGAAGGACGUUGUAUUAAAGGAAAUCAGUGCAGAUUCGCUCACUCAAUCAAUGACAUAAAUACAAAGCUUGUUAAGUUUUAUGGAUCUAAAGUAGACAUAGAUGUUGACGAAGAAAUAGUUCAAGGUAAGAUUCAUAGUAAAAAUAUAUCUCAUAUAAAUAACGGUUGUAUAAAUAUAUUAAGUAAAAGUAAAUCCCAAAUGAUGAAAACAAUAAAGGGUUAUGAAAAUGAAGAAAUUGAGAAAAAUGAAUUUAUAAAUAUACAGAAUAUAAAGAAUAAUAAUAGUAAUAAAAAGGAUAUAUAUAAUUUCCAGAUGCAUGUAAACAACAUAAAUAUAAAUGAUAAUGAAUAUUCUUCCUGUGUUAAUAUACCUAACGAUAUGUUAAUUAAACAUAAAAGUAAUAAUAAUGAUGAUAUUAUAAAUAGGGCUAAUUUAAUUCUUCACAAAAAUAUCACAGGUGGUGAUAUAUAUCAUAAUAAUAAUUGUAAACUUAAUAUAUGUAAGAUAUAUAAUAAUAAUAAUAAUAAUAAUAAUAAUAAUAAUUGUGGCAAUGAAAAGAACGAAGAAAAUAUAUUAAACAUAUCACAUGUAAAGAAGAAUACAAAACUAUGUUCUUUAAAUAUUAAAAAUGAACCCAUUCAACAGGUUAAUGAUUUUCUUUUGUAUAAUAAUAACAUAUUAGAAUAUAAAAAAGAACAGAAAAAUUAUUUCAUAUCCCCACAAAAUGUUAUAAAUAAUGAAUAUGAUGGAUGUAACUUCAACGAUAUGCUAAAUAAUAAUUGUAAAUCUUUAAACAUACACAAGUCUAUAUGUUUAGAUAAAUCAAAUAUGAAUAUGGAUGAGAAACAUUUUGACAUGAAAGAAAAGACUAUGGAAAAUGAAGAACUUAUAAAUUAUUCAUAUGUAAAAAAUAAAGAUAAUAUGAACAAAAUAAAUAAUAUGGAAACACGACUAAGAAAGAAUAUUAUCAUACAACCAAAAAAAAAAAAAGAUCUAUCACAUGUAGAUACCAUUAAUAAUAAUAAUAAUAUGAAGCAUAUGUAUGAUAUGAAAUCUCCAAAAAUUAAUGUAAGCAAUAUGGUUAGAUUUAAUGUACAAAAUGAAUUAAGAAAAAUACAGGAUUGUAAUAAAAGACCACCACAACUAUCAAGUUUAGAAAACAUUAUUACAGAAAGGGAAUGUCUUUAUAAACAGAAUGAUGAAAAGUAUUUAUUAAAUGUAGUAGGAGCUAUUAAUAAAUAUGAAGGUAUAUAUGAUGAUAUAUGUGAAGAUAUAUGUGAAGAUAUAUGUGAAGAUAUAUGUGAAGAUAUAUGUGAAGAUAUAUGUGAAGACAUAUGUGAAGAUAUAUGUGAAGAUAUAUGUGAAGAUAUAUGUGAAGAUAAUAAUUUGAGGGGGGAAAAUAUGUUUAUAUCCAUGUUAGACAAUAAAAAUAAGAACACUGAUGAUUAUAGUGUGAACGAUGAUUCUAACACGUGUGUUAUAAAUUUUGUGGAAUGUAUAAAUAAGGAAAACCGUGUUGUAAUUACAGACAAAGGUAAGACCGAUACAAGUGGUGAUGAUAAUUUAAAGGGUAAUAAUAAGGACGAAAUAAUAAAUAAUAAUACUACAACUACUAAAAAUAAUGAUAAUAAUAAUAAUAAUAUUUUUAUGGAUAGUAAUGAUUAUAUAUAUUGUAAUAAUGUGGUAAAGAAUGUUACGCAUCUCAAUACAAAUGAUUCCUUCGUUUACUCGAAAGAGGAAUAUAAUAUGUUUAGUGAUGAAGAUAAUUUGAUGAGCCAAAAGAAUGUAAAUAAGAAAAAAAAUAUAAAUAAUGAAAAGGAAUUUUCCAGUGAAUUUAACAUAAAUUAUGGUAGUCAUUCUAAGGUCCAACAAGAUACUAACAAAACGAAUGGUGUUAACAAAACAAAUGGUGUUAACCAAACGAAUGGUGUUAACCAAACGAAUGGUGUUAACCAAACGAAUGGUGUUAACAAAACAAAUGGUGUUAACCAAACGAAUGGUGUUAACCAAACAAAUGGUGUUAACCAAACGAAUGGUGUUAACAAAACAAAUGGUGUUAACAAAACAAACGGUGUUAACCAAACAAACGGUGUUAACCAAACGAAUGGUGUUAACCAAACGAAUGGUGUUAACCAAACAAACCGUGUUAACAAUAUAAAACAUACAAAUAAUAUUUAUAGUGAUCAUGGUUAUAAUAUAGAAUUCAUUAAAAAUAAUGAUAAACAAUAUUACGAUGAAAGUAAUAGAAAUUCAUCCAACCUUGUACAGGUAAUUAAUAAACAGAAAGAAAAGGAUAGAGGAGAUGAAGAAAGUAAUAGGGAUAUUAACUUAAAAGAAAAUAAUAAUGAUGAUGGUAAUCUUAUUAUUUACUAUGAUGAUAAUCAAUGUUAUGAUAAUAAUGGAUGUACUACAAAUGUACAUGAUGAAAGUAUUAAGGGAAAGAAUUUGUCAGAUAUACAAUUUGAAAAAAUAAAUGAAAAUUUAAAUUAUAAAAACCAUAAUGAUGAUAUGAUGAGUCCAUUACAUUUUUGUGAUAAGAAAACAGAUAAUGGUUUUGAAUAUAUAGAAAAUUUGUACUUUCAAAAGAUCAAUGAUUAUACAACUAAUUAUAUUACAAAAGAUAUCAAGAAUAAUAAGAAAAGAAAUACAAAUAAAUUGUUUACAUGCAAAGAAUUAUUUCCUAAAAAUAAAGAAUAUUUUAUAUUAAAUAAAAAUGAAAGUAAACAUUUGGAGGGAUAUAAUAUAUCCAAUGAUGAUAAUAAGAUAAAGGUUAAUAUGUAUCCUUAUAAAGAUACUAAAUUGAAUUCACUUCAUAAUUAUAUAUGCGUAAUCUCCCCGCAAAAUGAUAACAAUAAUAUUAAUUGUAACGAAAAAAUAUGUAAUCAUAAUAACAUGCUGCUUAAUAAUAGUAAAAAAUCAAAUAAUAAUGAGGGCUGUCCUUUUAGUUAUAUGAAUAUAAAAUCGUUGGGUACACAUAAUGCUGAUAGAAACUAUGAUAAAAACCUAAACCCUGAAGAUUUGAGCAAUCUAGAAGAUCUAAACGAACCAUUACAACAUGCCCUUUGGAUGAACAAUAAUGCAAACACUAACACUAACACUAACACUAACGCUAACACUAACACUAACCAUAACAGUAAUAAUAAUUAUUAUCAUAGUUUUUAUAAUAAUGAUCAUGUUAAUUAUAAUUAUUAUAUAAAUAAUGUUAAUAAAUUAGACAAUUUUAAAACGUAUAAUAUGUAUCCGAAUGAAAAUAAUCCCAUAGAAGUAGAAUCCAAUUCAGAAAUGAUUCUUGUUCAUACAAAUAAUAAUGAUUCCAUCAAUGUGUUCAACCAAGCUCUUACUAAAAAUAAAAAAAAUGAAAAUGUUGUUCAGGUAGAUGCACAACAAAUGGUUCUAAAUAAUGUGACUGAGCUAGCUGAUAACAUUUCUAGAGAUAUGUGUAGGGGGGAAAUAAUUCAAGAUAAAACCAUAUACCACGAAGAUAAUAAAAAAGUGUAUGAUAAUGAUAUAUAUAAUAAUAAUGAUAUAUAUAAUAAUGAUAUAUAUAAUAAUGAUAUAUAUAAUAAUGAUAUAUAUAAUAAUGAUUUAUAUGAUAAUGAUUUAUAUGAUAAUGAUUUAUAUGAUAACAAUUUAUGUGAUAACAAAUUAUAUGAUGACGACUUAUAUACAUCUAGUAUAAAUAACCCAAGUGAAUUGAUAAAAAAUGGGGAGAACAAUUCUAUGAAUUUAAAAAAUAAUAAAGUUAUAAAUUCAUAUGAACAAUUUAAAAAGUAUGACCAUAUUAACAAUAAUAUGAAGGAUAUAUAUCAAAGUAAUUAUCCAUUUUAUUCUACCAAUCAAGAAAAGGAAACAACCGAUAGUAACCCUGAAAACAUGAAUUAUAGAUUAUUAGAAGAAAGGAAAAAAAAAAUUUAUUUGAAUAAUUAUUAUAAUAUGAUAAAAAGUGUAGAUAGGGAUAAUUCUAUUUAUAAUGUGCCUUUUGUGUCAACCAUUAUCAAUGAUAAUAAUGUUAGAUAUAAUAAUGAAUUUGUUAAUAUGAAAGAAAGGAAAAACAACCAUGUAAGUACAUCUACAAUUACAAAUACAAACACAAAUACAAACACAAAUACAAACACAAAUACAAACACAAAUACAAACACAAAAACAAACAUUUAUACAAACAUAGAAAAAUGUAAUUCCUUUAAUAGUAUGGAGUUCCUAAUAGAAAAGGAACAUACUUUACAAAAUACGAUGAAUAAAAUGCAUAAUAUAGAAAAUGAUCAAAAUAAUUUUUAUUAUAUGAAGGAUACACAAAGCUGGAUAAAUAAAAAAUAUUUUAACGAAGAAAAAGAAAACUAUAUAAUUCUUGGACAAGAGGAAAAACAUAUCUCUACAAAUGAAGAUAAUGAAAUUGUAUAUAUCGAUACAUAUAAUAAUAAUAAUAAUAUGAAUAGAUUUUAUGAUAAUAAUACCUUAUGGAAGAAGCAACAAGGAAAUAUGAUGAACGAAAAGAAAACAACCAUGUAUAAUUUUAACUAUAAAAGUAUGUCCUUAGAUAAUAUAACAAGAGAAGAUCAAUCUGUUUGUGAAAAUGAUAAUUAUGAGAAGGAUAUAUCUAGUUAUUUAAUAAACAAGCAAAAUGACAUAAUGUAUAAGAACCACCCAAAGGGCAACAAUAUUGAUAAUAAUAAUAAUAAUAAUAAUAAUAAUAGUAAUAAUAAUAAUAUUAAUAAUAGUAAUAGCCUUUCUUGGAACACGUUUCAUAAGAACAAUACAUUUGAUACACAUACAAAUUCCUUUAAUAUUUUAAAUCAUCAUUCUAAUAACAAUGAUUUUGAUAAUAUAGAAAAUAUUAUUACAUCCAAUAUGAUGAAUAAUUUAGAAAAUGCAAAUCUUCAAAAUAACGUUACAAAUAAAUGUUUUCAAUCUAAUGAAGAAAAAAAAAAUUUUCAAUCACAUCGUUAUAAAAACGAUAAUAUGUUAUUAAAUAAUACACAUUUGAAUAAUAAAAAUUGUUUCUCUUAUGAUUCUAUAAAAAAUGAUUAUAAUUUAUUAGAAACGUCUUCUAACCAUACAUCCACUUUUUUAAAUUAUGAUUUGUAUAAAACAGAUUCUAUAUAUAUUGGUCCAAACUCUUGUGAAAAUACUAAUCCAUCACCUAAUGUUAUUAAUAAAAAAAAAAAUACAGAUAUUUAUAAAACCACACUUUCUCAAAAAAAGAAAUUUUUUAACUAUGAUGAUGAGAAUAUGGAGCAAGAUAAUUUUAUGGAUAUUCCCAAUAAUUUAAAUUUUAGUUUUUUAAAUAAAAAUGAUUGA